CUGCUGGAUUCUAAACGCGAACGAGGAAGUCUGUGUGGAUGUUAGCUGGAUGCUAUCCUAAACCAAAACAAAACACAUCUCCCACGGAUAGUUGGCGUCUGCCGUCGCGUUUUUAGGCUCUUCGGCGUGUGAAGAUGUUUAAAAAGCUUAAGCAGCGGAUAAACGAGGAGCAGUCCCCGCAGAGGAAUGCGCAGUCACCGCAGCAGGCCCAGAUGGGCAGUGGAGACCGACGCAGCAGCCAAACCCCGCCUUUCCAUCAUGAUGAGACACCCGCUCCGAGUGACAGAGAGAUGCUGGCCGGGAUGAUAGCAGAGCCCGCUUUUCUCUCUGAGUAUACUAUCUUUGCUCUGGACCAUUCAAAACGACCCAAAACGGCCCAGGUAGCCAGUGUGAGCGUCUCCAAAGGACCUGCAAGGUCGCCCAGAGGUAGCAUCAAUGGGGAUGGAAGUGCUUCUCCUCAAAGGGAGGAGUCACAGUCAUUUGCCCAGAAACUACAGCUGAAAGUUCCUUCAGUGGAGUCGCUGAUUCGUGGCGGUGCCAGUCGGGCAGAGAGUCUGUUCCGCUCUUCAUCUAGAGAAAGCCUUGUCAGGAGCCCGUCACGUGAGUCCCUGACCCCUUUGGGAGAAAAUGAGUCUUCAGGGAUCCCCACCUAUGAUCCACCCUCGGAUAUUGAAAGUGAAGCUGAGGAGCCUCCAGGAAGUGUGGAGGCCUUUUCUAAAGAGCAGUUGUUGCACAGACUGACUCAGGUGGAGAGAAGCCUGGGGAAGUACAGAGGAAAGUACUCAGAGCUGGUUACUGCAUACCGAACAACACAGCGAGAAAAGGAGAAAACACAGGUUAUCCUCAGUCAGAGUCAAGAUAAAUCUCUCCGCAGGAUAGGAGAGCUGCGGGAGGAGCUUCAAAUGGACCAGCAGGCCAAGAAACACUUACAAGAUGAGUUUGAUGCUGCACUUGAGGAGAAAGACCAGAUGAUCACUGUCCUCCAAACACAGGUCGCUCUGCUGAAAAAACGAGCCAAGGGGGUCUCGGAUGGUUCGCUGGCACCUGAAGGUGAGGUCAGUCAGACUGAAGUGGCAGAAGGUUCUUCAUCUGCCAUGCAGAGUCCAUCCAAGGAGAUGGAGCUCCCUGAGGGAGAGGGCAACAGUGAUCCAACCAAACUUAUGGAAGCUCUGCAGAAGAGGGUGAAGAGGCAAGAAAACCUGCUGCAGAAAUGCAAAGAAGUGAUGCGUACACACAAGGAGCGGAGUGGACAGCUGAGCAGUGAAAACGAAGCUCUGCAGGAGCAGCUGCAAGAGAGACUGCAGGAGCUAGAGAAGAUGAAGGAACUGCACACGACAGAAAAGACAAAGUUGAUCACUCAGCUGCGCGAUGCCAAGAACCUAAUUGAACAGCUGGAGCAGGACAAGGGAAUGGUCAUUGCUGAGACGAAAAGGCAGAUGCAUGAGACACUGGAAAUGAAAGAAGAGGAGAUAGCACAGCUGCGCUCCAGGCUCCAGCAGGCUACUACCCAGAAAGAAGAGCUACAGGAACAGAAAGAAAAGGCUGAGAAAUCAGCUUUUGAAGAGCUUGAACGAGCUCUGGGUGUAGCUCAGAGGGCAGAAGAGGCAAGAAAACAGCUGCAGGUUCAGCUGCAGGUUCAGCUGGAGGAGCAAGUGAAAGAAGUUGAAAUGGCCGGUGAAGAAGAGAGGAAGAACCUGCAGCAGGAGCUGACAAGGGUCAAACAGGAAGUCGUCUCCAUAAUGAAGAAGUCAUCAGAGGAAACGGUUACUCAAUUGGAGAAGACCCACAGUGAAGCUUUGGCUGCUAAAGAAGAGGAAAUAAAAGAAAGAAUUAGCAAAGCAGUGGAGCAAUGCAAAGAGCAGUUUUCACAGUUAUCGAAGGAGCGAGAACAACAGGCCUCUCUGGCUCUGGAGGAUGCAGAGUUACAGCAGACGGCUGUAAAGACAGAAGCUGAUAACCGGGUUAAAGAGAUACAGAUGGAGCUGGAGGCUGCAAGAACUAGGAUACUGGAGCUGGAGAGCUCAGUGAAGGAGGACUCACAGGGUGAAUCCAGUCUGUCUCAUCAACUUUCCAGUCAGCUGGAAGAGCUGAAGAAUAAACACAAAGAGAAAAUCACAACACUAAAAGAAAAGCAUCAGGAGCAGCUGGAAAAGCACAAGGACACACUAACCCAGCAGCAUAAUGUUGCUCUUGAGGAGUUCAAGGAAAAGCAAGGAGCUGAAAUUGAGACCCUUCUGAAAGAUAAAGAGCUGCAGUUCCAAACACACAUUGAAGAUAUGAACCUGAAGACUUUAGAGAAACUUGAUGCAAAGCAGGCAGAGUUAGAGGAGCUUUCCGCUGAACUUUCAGAGGUGUUGAAGGGUAAACAGCUGCUGGAAGAUGCUUCCAGGUUAGCUGAACAGGAGCACAAGGAGUCACUUGGAUGCAUGGAAAAAACUCUGAAACAGGAGCUCAAUGCACUGAAAAUUGUUCUGAGCGAAAAGGAAAAGAACAUUGAACAACUUAUCCUCAAAGAAAAAACACUGCGAGAGCAAUCACAAUCCACUUCACAAGAUUUACAGGCUAGGAUUCAUGAAUUUGAACAGCUGCAGCAGAGUUUAGCUCAAGCCCAGCGAGAAAAUGAGAACCUGAAAGAAUCUAAUGCACAGUCGAGCAAAAUCUCUGACGACCUUGAUCAGUGCAAGAAGGAUUUGAUGGACUUAAACCAUCAGUUGGAAGAAGCAAAGAAUGACUGUCAUCAAAAAGAGAAGUCACAUCAGGAAAUCGAGCACCAGUUACAAGAGACCAAGAAACAGCUUUUGGAGAAAGAGAAGUCAUUCACUGCAGACCUGAACACACAUCUGGAGAAACAAACACGCCUUGAGAAACAGCUGGUUGAUGAAAAAGCUGCUCAUGAGAAGAAGUUAAAAACCACUUUAAAUGAGAUGGAAGCUAAGUUGAAAACCCAGGAAACAAAAAUGGAAAAGUUCAAACACAAGGCCAAAGAAAUGCAUGAAAACUAUAAGAAAAAGCUUCAACAGAUUGAAGAAAACAUGAAGAAGGAGCUUGCGAAAAAGGAGAUGGCGCUUCAAGCGAAGGAGCAACAAGUUCAAGAGAAAAUUGUGGAGAUGGCUCAGAAAAGCUCCCAAGGCCUUAGCAGCGCCAUGUCAGAGCUCCAGGCCAACCACAAGGAAGAGCUGGAGAAACUUCAUACCAACCAGAAACACAAGGUGGAGGAGCUGGAGCUUCGUUGGCGAGAGAAGCUAGCGCAACAGGAGGAGGAACUGGCGGAGAAACAUUCAGGCACACUACAGGAGAAGGGUCAGGAACUGGAGGAAAUAUCGCAACAGUUUGGCAGAACCAGAAAGGAGAAUGAACAGCUAUUAUCGGACAUAAAAGAUUUGAAAGAGGAGCUGGCAAUCCGAGAAACCACCGUGCAGAAGCUGCAAGAAGAGCUUAACGAAGCAGCAAUGAAGCUUGACAGUUUGUCUCAGGCUGAGGCGUUGCUGAAAGAACAAAUGGAGGCAACGGAGAGGAACCUAAACCAGGCUCUAAAUGAGAGGAAUGCCCUUCAAGACCAGCUGAAUACAGCGGGGGAAGAGAGCAAGGAGAAAUUAAGAAGUUUGUCAGAAAAGUUGAAUGAAACGGAGAAUGAGCUUGAAGCACUAAAAACUUCCAGAUGCAGGGAAAGUGAGGACUUGCAGAGUAAAUUUGAUGAAACUUCCAUUCAGCUACAAGCCAAGGAAGGAGCCUUCCAGCAGCAAUUAAUUAUGGUCAUCAGCAAAAUGGACCAUUGCUGUAAGGAGGUCCUGUCCAAAAUAGAAUGUGCCUCUAAUGAACUCCAAGAACGAGUGGAAAGUCAAGUGAAGGAGCUGAACCUUAGACUGUUGUCAAGUCAGGAAACUGUAAAGCAUCUCAAAAACAUUGUCCUCACUAAAGCAGAUAGGAUUUGCACUUUAGAGGAGAAUCUUCGCCAGCACACAGAGGAGAACAAGAAUCUAUGCAUUUCAUUAGAACAGAUGACUGCUCAGGUAAAUGUGCACAUGGAGCGUACUGAAGCCUUAACAUGUGAGAAGGAGAGUCAUUCCCAGUCUGUCAGUGAUCAAGUUCAGAAAAUUGAGGAGCUCAGUGAGGCGAACAGAGUCCUAUCCCAAACUUUGGAAACAAAUGGGCUGCAUAUCACGGACUUGGAAAGCAUUGUCACUGAGUUGAAAAAUCAGCUCGCAAGUAGCAUAAAAGAGAAGGAGGAAGCCAUAAAUCAGCUAAAGCAGCAGUAUGAAGAGGAGCGGCAGCAAGCAGUGGCUCAGAUGAAGGAGACCAUCGAGAGAUUGGAGCAGGAAAGGAAGUCUGCCUUGGAACAGGCGGACGCUCUCAGGAACAGCCAGUCAGAGUACGAGAACAAGGCAGAGGCGAGAGGCACUCAGGAUGAGACUGCUAUUAAGUCUCUGCAGGCAAGACUUGAGAAGUUGGAGCGAGAAAUAUCUGAAAAGAAUGAGGCUCUGCAAAGGCUGACAGCAAGUAUUGACAAUCAGUCCAUCAGCAAGUCUGAGAUGGACCAGGUGUUGAGUGAAAAAGAGCAGAAAGUCAGUGACCUUACUUCGGAGCUCCAGAGUUGCAUCGGUCGACUCGGUGAGCUUCAGCAGCAGUUGGCCUUAAAGACUACAGAGUGUGAGCAACUCACCACUGACCUCAAACAGCAUCAUAGCAUCAGGGAGAAUGAAAAAAGAGAGUUUGUGGAGCAGCUGCAGCAGAUCCAGAUGCAGCGCACUCAGAAUGGUAAUUUGGAGCAAGAGAUGGCAGAAAAACUGCACUCCCUCGAAGAGGACAACCAAAAGUGUAAAAACAAGCUUGAAAGUCAAAGGGAGGAAUUUGAAAGGAUGAAAGAUGAGAUUAUCAAGAACAAGGAGGAGAGUCUGAAAGCAGCCGAGGAGAGACUAUCUGCAGAGAGCGCACGAAAAGUCUCCGAGCUGAAGAAGAAAGCCGAGCAGAAAAUUAGUCAUAUUAAAAAACAGCUGACCGCACAGCUUGAUGAGAAAGAGCAGAUGAUUAAGGCUCUUCAGAGUAACCUGGAGGGAAAUAAGGGCGAUGAAAAACAGAGCAAUAAGCAAAUAGAAACAUUAGAAGAGAAAACUAAAAUACUCGAAGAAACGCUCGUUAAGCUUCAGGAAGAGCAGGAAAAGCAAAUUGAACAGAUUCUGAGUAGCGAGAGGCUGGAGAAAGAAAGGUCUUUAGAGGAAUUGAAAACCAUGUACGAAGACAAGCUUAUGUCGGUUCAGAGAGAUGCAGAGCAACAAGUGCAGCUCAAAGAGACAGAAUCAGCGUGGCACGAAAUCCAGGCGAAGCUAAAGGAGGCAGAGGAGCAGAAUGGAAGCCUUCUCGCAGAACUGAAACGUCUGACAGAGGAACUACGUGAGAAAGAUGCCCAGCUCCAUCAGCUUCUGGCAACUACAGAGAAGCUCCAGGAAGAGGUGAAAGUGGAACAUAGCAGCAUGCAGCAAACUACAAGUGUAAUGCAAAACCACUCUCCCGUGGAGGGGGUGGAUGAUGACGGUUCUUUGCAGUCGCUUGAGAAUAAACUCAGUCAAAUAAAGAACGAGAAAGAGAAAGUCCAAAAGGACUUCACCAGGUUGCAGAAAGACAUGAGGGUACUGAGAAAAGAACACGAGCAAGACCUGGAGUACAUGAAGAAAGAGUUGUUGGAGGAGAAUGAGAAGAAGCUAAAAUUGGAGCUGGAACAUGUAGAAAUGAAGCACAACUCUGCUAUGAAGCAGUUAUUGAGAGAGUUCAACACACAAAUGGCUUUGAAAGAGAAGGAGCUUGAUUCAACAGUGAAGGAGACUAUAGCCAAGGCUCAGACCGUUGAAGAGGAGCUCCUCGGGAGUCAUCGUGAUGAAGCCAGUCAGCUGAGGAAGGUUAUUUCCCAGAAGGACGAUGAUUUGCACAGAACUGUUCAAAAAUAUGAACAGGUUAUACAGACUCGAGAGGAGGAGAUGGGACAGAGAGUGUGGCAAAUCCAGAAACAACUAGAAGAGCUGCAAGCGCGCUGCCAGGGCCCUUCUGAGGUGACAUCAGAGGACCUACCGGCUCAGCUUGCUGAGAAGACGACUUUACUGAGUGAGGCUCGACUGAAGGAGCAGGAAUUCAUGGAGAGGAUUAACUCGCUUGAGGACAAGCUUAAGUGUCUCCACCGCAGCACAGUUGUAACUCAUCUUGGGAGCACAUUUAAAGAUCCUGGAAUCGAUGCAUCCGAUCUUGUCUCUGAAGCCACUGAGAUGGAGUACCUGAGAAAAGUGCUGUUUGAAUACAUGAUGGGACGGGAGACAAAAACGAUGGCAAAAGUGAUUACUUCCAUGCUCAAGUUUCCUCCAGACCAGGCGCAGAAAGUUAUGGACAAAGAAGAUACAAAAACAGUUCAUUGGCUACGAUAAGUGUUUGAUUGACGAAGCCGUGCUGCUGCUGCUACUGCUGCUGAAGGGAAGACUGCCAUGGGAUUUAUCAAGCCCUUCUCUCCGUAUCAUGUCUUUUUAUGUGUGUGUGGGUAUAUUUGUGGGUGUGCGUACGGACACAACCUGGGGCAGACGGCUGUGUUUUUUUUCGUGUAUCUGUUUGUGUGUAUGUGUGUGUGAAUAUGACGAUAUGAGGGAAUUAGAGUUUUUGAGAAAAACACAAAUCUUCCAUUAUCCACUCUUUCUUAAAAAUUAAACUUAAUUUAUGUUUUAGAUGGUGAUGAUUGGUGUUCAUUUCCUUAUGUUUUAGGAUGUGUUUAUACAGGUUGGCUUGUGCAAUAAAUGCUGUGACACACUAAAGCUGACGGUCAGUUGAUUUCUAGGUUUCUGUGUUGUGCUGUUGCCUGAAGGACUUCCUCUGUAACUGUAGACAACCCUUUAACUGUGCACUCGCACCACAUUAACAUCCAGGCCUCUGGACCUUGUUGGCUGAAUGCAGCUUUGUUUUUUUACACUUUAUAUUGAUAAACUGACACCAAGGGAUACCCCAAAACACCAAAAUGUAAAUUGUAUUGUGAGAAAUAAAACUGUAUUAUAGGGCACUUAUUGAUCUGCUAUACAUUUUCAGAUUAACAAAUAAAAUCUUAUUUACAAAACAA